ACCAACAAUAUGAGUGUGCAGCCUCGAUCGCGCGUGCAUUGGGGGAAUGCACACGCAGUUUAUAUUCUGCAUUACAUUGUAACUACAUCUUAACAGUGAACAUUAAGGUUCUUCUCCCUGUGCGUUUUGAACGCGUACAUUUCUCGCGCGUCACAGAAACUCUCAACAAUGUCGACAGUCUUCUCUUUCCAGACACAGCUCGUCUCCAUCAUGGACGCGUUAUCCAAAACAGCUGUAAUGGAAAUAAGCAAACUGGUGGAGAUUGAGUCGAAGAUGCUGAAAAUAGAGAUAAACCGAGGGCGGAACGAAAUCGUCUCGCUCACAGAGAAACUGCAGCUGAUGGAGAAACUGCUUUACAUGGCGCAGGGGAGCAGACAGGACGCAGCAGCAUGCUCACUGGUUAGGGACGCUUCAGCAAACAGAGUAUUGGAGUCUGACAGGACAAGACCUGCCAUAAAAAGUGAGAUCCUAAGGGAAAACAUAAGUUCCUCCACUGAAAGUAGCACGUUGCAUCAUGGAGAAGAGCAAGCUCUACCUGAGGUUAGAAACACACCGAAAGAGCAGCCCGAUCUUAUUGUGGUAAAGGAAGAGUUGCUGGAGGUGGACACUGGAGACACUGAACAAGACAGGAGAACUGAAAACGGAAAGGAAGCAGUCACAGAAGCUCAGCGGAGUUCAGAUGUAAUGCAGCAUCCCAAACCAAUCGCAGAACAUCAGUCGUCCAUGUUCACGGAUAGUUUUGCGAGCAUAAGCUCCCACUCAUCUCUUGCUGGACCAGGAAGGAGGGAAACACAAUGGAAUCCACAGUUUGCACUUGCAAGCACAAAUCUGGAGGUUGGAAAAAGCAUUGCUCAAAAUGUUGCAUCCCAAAGCUUAAGUGUGCUCAGAAAUAUGAAGAUCCACAACUUAAGGAACUCGGCUGCAAAGAGGUUUGGCUGCUUGCAGUGUGGCAAGAGCUUCAGGUGCUACAGUCAACUUGAAAUACACCAGAGAAGUCACACAGGAGAGAAACCCUUUAGGUGCACGCUAUGUGGAAAGAGAUAUGCACAGAAAGGACAUCUGUAUACACACCAGCGCACACACACCGGGGAGAAGCCUUACCGCUGUCCUAUUUGCGGAAAGGGCUUCAUUCAGAAAUGCACUCUUGAUAUGCACCAGCGAACACACACUGGAGAAAAACCUUUUGUUUGCAUCAAAUGUGGCAAGGGUUUUACAAAGAACUGUAAUCUGAAAAAACACCUUGCAGUACAUUUAGAUCCUAGUUUGAACAUGUAUGGUCAUGAAUCUGAUGCACCAACAUUCAGUGCAUCAUUAAUUAAUGGAACCACUACGAGUUUAGAAAUUUCCCACAAUCCUUUGCGAUUCAGUUAUACAUAUUUUACCGAGGAACAGCGUUGCAACGCUGGUAAAAUUGGCCAUAAUUCUACAAUAUUUAGCCUUCCAGCCGAGAUGAUGUGCGAUACCACAAACCGGAGUUUUCGGACGCAGUUGACCGCCGUCCUGGACAAACUAACGAAGGCGGCUUUGGUUGAAAUAGGCAACCUCGCUGACGAGUGCUCCUCCGUCCUUCACACCGAGAUUUCGCUUCAUAAAACGGAGAAUGAGGCGCUGAAGAAGAGAUGUUACUCACUGGAGGUCCAGCUGAGAGCAGCGAGGGAAGCACAGACCUAUACCAGCCACGUUAACAGCGUCAGCCGGCGGCACCCUGCAGGUCAGGACGAACAGCAGCAACCCGCUCCAGCAAUCGAUGGAGUUUUUGGAAAGGACUGGUGUAUGGACUUUUGGAGAGAAGAGAAACUGCCCUCUCACAGAAAAGAAACAAUGGAGCCAACUGCUAUGACAAGCAUGGGAGUGCAGGCAAUAGACUUGACAGAGAGAGAACCUGAUCUCAUCUUUGUCAAGGAGGAGAUGUAUGAUGAUCACCCUAUUGGCCAGCAGAUGAGUUUCACAGAGAACAGGAAAAUUGUUGGAAUGUUUGAGGAGGACAGCAUGCUUCCUAGAUCUGUUGAUGAGCUACAGCUUCACUCAGGGGAAUUAAACAACUUUCCUGUGGUGACUGAAAAUCAAACACAACAACGCAUACAACCAACAAUUAUGGACAAGUUAAUAGAAGAUGCAACAAUGAGCACUCUGGCUGACAACACAAAUCCUUCUUCAGCCAUGGCUGAAUACUCUGACUAUACAGAUGACAUCCACAUGAAUACAACUAAAGCACCCGCUAUUCAGCCAAAACCUGCGAAGCCAAUGAGACAUUUUGAGUGCUUAUUCUGUGGGAAAAUGUUCAACUACUUGAGCAGUUUAAAAGUCCACAUCAGGCGACACUCUGGUGAGAAGCCGUUCAGCUGCUCAGUUUGCGGGAAGCGGUUUGCUCAGAAAACGUAUCUGAAACUGCACCAGCGCGUGCACUCGGGGGAGAAGCCAUAUAGCUGUCCAAGCUGUGGCAAAAGUUUUUCCCAGAAAAGCUCUCUGAACAUACAUCUUCGGACACACACUGGUGAAAAGCCCUAUAGUUGUGUGGAUUGUGGGAAGUGUUAUGCAUACAAGUAUGGUUUAAAUCAUCACCAGUGUUUCACUUGA